CGUCGCGAUCAGUCGUUGUCGGUAGCUUAGACGGUUCGGAAGUUUUUACGAGCUGCCGUCUUUUGGUUUUCAGAAGGUUCGUCGCUUCAGCUUUUUUGAGUCUCCAAGACUCUCGCUCUCUGGCUCUGGCUUGAUGCACUCACACGUCGCGAAUGAUGCAGUCGUCGUAAUUUUUGCUGGUGCAUGUGGAAAACAAGUUGUUGGACAAUAGUGUAGUGUCACUAAACUGUGUGUACGAAAAAUAAAUAUUACAUAAUGUUAAUAUUGGCAUCUUGUGCGGUUAUUGAAAUGCGUCGAUCGUGGUGCACUUGAGGGUCUCUCGCGUAGUGUGUGGCUGUGACAAUUUAUUGUCCUCGAAAAACCAAAGUGCACUUCCCGUUUGAGGCGUUAAAUAACACCGUCCAAAAUAUACCGUAUAAUUUGUUCAACUUGAAGAGUGCCAAGCCCCUAAAAGCCGUUAGUAGAUUUUUCGGGUUGAUUACGAGGAGCAGUUCGGUUAAAAAAAAAAACAACAACAAAGAGAGUAAAGUACCGAAAAGAGUGUUUUGUGCAGCCGAUGUAAUAAUAUUUCAAGUGAAAGCAACCAUGUGAAAGCAGAUAUUCGCCCCGUGUCUUUGCCCGUUUUUUUCCUGCCUCGCCGUGAGCCGUUCAAAAGAGAAAAAACCAGUUGUUUACAUUUAUGCGCUAGCUUUUAUUUACUCACUAAAGCUGCCGGAGUUGGUCUCGGAACGGACACUCUUUUAUUUUCCUCCUGCCUUGGCUCGCGAUUGCCCAAUGAACGAUCGCACUUCUGCAGCGCCUAGGUCUAUUCACGCGCCGCGCCACAAAGAGUAAAAAGUCAAAGUUAAGGUAGAGUCGUGUCGUGUACUAUCACCUGGUAAAAAUUUUACCCCUUCUCCACCGAUUUUUGCCUUUUUGCGCGCGCGCUCGGUUCAAUUGCAGUAGGCUCUGGCUGUGUAAGGGAUGAAAGUACUGGCACGCAGACUGGCUUGCUUGCUGUGCACCUAAAUGAGCGUCUCGACGCGCAGCAGCCACGUUGUUGUCGUCGUCCGCGUCAAACUUGUCGAUCCAAGUGACCAGUGGGAGUAAUCGUGUGUAAUCGUAGCAGUAGCUGAAGAGAAACGAUUUCAUUACCCACCGAAGACAGCAUCCCACCACGGCUUGCUACGACCACCUGCCCGUAAAUGAUGCUAUUGGUAAAAGCUCUGCUGGUCUGCAGUUUUACGAUUUUCGCCGAACUCAGACUGAUUGAAGCUUUUCAAAGUAACGAUUUCAUCAACGAUCUGCUAGAGGAACACAGACAGUACGAGGCCGCACAAAAGUCAAUCGCGGAGUGGAGAAGUACACUAACCAGAAACAGGAAGAAGCGCGCUGACAAAGUUGUCUGCUAUGGCGAGCUGGGCUGUUUCGAGGAGACUGCCUAUCUGGAGAUGCUUCCAUCGUCACCGGAGGAAAUCGACACCAAGUUCUACGUAUAUUCGGCCAAGCACAGGAGUGAGAAACCCAUCUUGGAGUUUUACUACGACGAGAUUGCCCGGACCAACAACGGAACCGGGGCGUCUUCGCCGGCACCGACGUCGCCGGCCGCUGCCAAAAAAGCCAACGGAACCACUCCCGCCGUCAAACAUCGGUACGACCCGGAAAAGAUCUACGAAAAGUUUGGCAACCUGGAGAACGUAACGGCUCGGGCCAUCAUCCAUGGGUUCGGAUCCAGCUGCACGCACGUGUGGGUCUACGAGAUGAGAACGGCUCUGAUGGCAGUGGAAGAUUGCAUGGUGCUCUGUAUGGACUGGGAAAACGGUGCCACGCUGCCAAAUUACGUCCGAGCUGCGGCCAACACACGCCUCGUGGGCAGACAGCUGGCGUACUUGCUUAAGGGGCUGGAAACGCACAAUAGUUUAAACAUGUCUCGAGUUCAUUUGAUCGGUUUCAGUUUAGGUUCUCACGUGGCUGGAUUUGCCGGGACCGAACUGAAGGGCCUGCACAGGAUCACCGGGCUUGAUCCUGCUGGGCCACUGUUCGAGGCGCAACAUCCACACGCCCGAUUGGACGAUUCCGAUGCCGGAUUCGUGGAUGUGAUCCACUCGAACGGAGAGAAUUUGAUCCUAGGGGGGUUGGGGUCGUGGCAGCCGAUGGGAGCCGUCGAUUUUUACCCCAACGGAGGCCGAGUCCAGCAUGGCUGCUCGAAUCUGUUUGUCGGCGCCGUCACUGACAUUAUUUGGGCUCCCCCAGCCUCCGUGGAAGGACGUUCCCUGUGCAACCACCGCAGGGCGUACAAAUUCUUCAUCGAUUCCGUUGCGCCAAAGUGUCUCUUCCCGGCGUUCCCUUGCGACAACUACGAAAACUUCCUCAAGGGCGAGUGCUUCUCGUGCACUCGGAUCGAGAACGGGACCGAAACGUCGGUGUGCGGAAAUAUGGGCUACUACGCUGACCGUUCCGUGGGCCGUGGCCAGUUGUAUCUGAAGACUCGCGAAGAAGAACCGUUCUGCGCUCACCAGUACAAGCUGCAAAUACUCAGCUCCCAAAACGAGCUGCCCUUGCGGACGCUAGGCCGACUCGAAGUCGAGCUGGAAAGCGACGGAGGACUGACGGAAGUUUUUACCAUUACGGAAAAGGACGAUGCGGAAAUAUUAGCCGGAGAAAUGAUCUCCCAAAUACUCGUUCCACACCCGGCACUUGGUUUCCCCAAAAACAUUACCCUCACUUAUCUCGCCUACAAAGGCUGGCUAACACGAGGCCUUUCGUCGUGGAGCAUCGAGAAAAUUAUCUUGAGCGACGGAUUCGGGAAAAGGUUUUCAUUUUGCAAACCCAUGCAUUUAGACUCGAACAAACCGGUCCACAUGACGUUGGUUCCGGGAGAGUGCGAAGAAGACGAAGAUUACAGUCACGGCCCGACCGAUGAGAAUCAAUCGACAGAUUCCCCUGAAGACAGUGACGAGGGCGAUGACUACGACAACAACACAUCGAAGGGACAAAGUAACGAACGCAAUGAUAUAAAUCCUCAUUCAUACUCACAAAGUAGCUUCCGCGGCAAAGGGACCAGCGACCACGACAAGAACCUCGACAACCAACCGUGGCAACCGAUCGUGAUCGAUCUACCGCGGAGUUAUCGUAACACCGACCCGAACGGCUCAUAUCCGGUCUACGUGACUCCGUCGACGACGACGGUUAGCACACCGACCACGUUACGGGUUAUCAGCGAACCGGUCCUGAAGCGAGGUCAGCACGAACCUCGUCGACUGCUGAACAAAACCAACGACCGCAGCAGUGACAAACGCUCGAUCGAGACAACUUCCAGCGGUAAGAACAAUAUCACCGGCGCGAUCGUACCGCCGCCGCCGCCGCCACCUACCGAGAACAAGAUGAUCACCGUUCAACUGUUUCCUUAUCGGUUCGCCAAUGUCUUUGAAAAGGCCGAACGUUACGCAAGACUGACCUUGUUGCCAUUACUUACGGAACAAUUUCCACAAUUUUUCAAGUCAAAAUCCGACGUACAACCUCCCCCAAUAGAAAAUGUAGAGUUCAACCAGACAGAACCCGUGCCCACGAUCUACAAGACGAACCGAACCGAAGACAUGCUGGUGCCAGCUGCCAGCAGACGGGUUGACACGCACGUAGACAUUCUGGCCACCAGAGGCGAAUCGUUGGGCGAACAGAGAAACUUCAACGGGCCAGAAAAGAUUGAUAUUUUACCUCCAAGUACUCGCAAAGCGUUCAUCAGUGAGGAUGCACUGUUCCGGAUGCACCGGAUAGAGGAAUCCAGUGGAACCGUGGACCCUUCCAGCGUGGACAGGGAAACUCCAGAGGACUCCAUCCGAAUCGACUUGCCAACGUUUAAACCACCUAAAGCAAAGAUGAUGCCGCUGGUUGACCAACAGCGCUUCAUCCCACUCAACUAUGAAAACGGUAACAGUGUGAAAGAGAGAGAUUCAGCAGUAGCAGUAGCAGCAAGCAACGUUAUGGGUGAUAUAAAACCAAAAGAUAGCACAAGCUGAGGGAGAGAGAGAAUGGAAUGACAGUAUUUAAUAAUGUGUAAUUAGUGAUAAGAGUUAAACUAUGAUUUAAAUAAAUAUAUACGUACUCGAAUACGUUUGUCUUUGAAAA